CCUUUAGUGCUUUUUCACUAGACGAACAGGCACUAUGAUUGAUAUUGUAUGUACAUAAAUACAUAUGUCAAUGGACGCGUGCAGUAUUGAGGAUUAGAAAAAAGCAUAGUAUUUUGGUUUACUGACUUAAGUACAGUUGACAUUGUUUUAAUAUUUUUAAUUCUUAUAGUAGCUUUAGCAUGACAUCAGCAAUAGAAUCUAUGGUAGUAGACGAAAAACAGCUACCAGAAAAACCAAUAGACAGAGAAAAAACAUGUCCACUUUUACUUCGAGUAUUUUGCAAUACAGGACGACAUCAUAAUAUAAUGGAAUAUAGUAGAGGAAAUGUUCCCUCAAAUGAGUUACAAAUAUAUACAUGGAUGGAUGCUACUUUAAGAGAAAUUACAGGAUUAGUUAAAGAAGUAAAUCCAGAUGCUAGAAGUAAGGGAACAUAUUUUGAUUUUUCAUUAGUAACUCCAGAAUUACGAAAUUCUGGAUAUCGUAUGCGUGAAAUUGGGGUUACCUGUUCAGGACAGAAAGGUGCUGAUGAUAACAAAACACUUGCACAAGCAAGGUUUACAAUUGGUGAUUAUCUAGAUAUAUCUAUUACACCACCAAAUCGGCAACCAGCAAUUAGGCGUGGUGCAUUACGUCAGUAUUGAUGCAAAUAACAAAAAUUAUACCUUCCAUAAAUUAUUUCAAUAAUUCAGUAAUUUUGUAUUAAUAAAAA